AUGCCGAUCGGAUGUAAAGUAUGUAUUAAGGGCCCUCCAAUGUACACCUUUAUUGACAAAUUAGUUGAGAUUGUUCUCCCACGUAUGAAGGAAUGGCAUGGUGUGCCGAUGUCUUCUGGUGAUGGGGAUGGAAACAUUGCUAUGGGAUUUCCUGCAAGUGCAUUAUCUUUAUUUCCAGAUAUUGAAGGAAACUACGAUUCUUUUCCUUUGAUGACGGGGUUUGAUGUUAUUUUUAAUACUACUGCUUACACUGAUUAUGAAGCAAGAUCGUUAUUGAGUGGGUUCCAAAUUCCUUUUAACGAAAGAAAACGAAGAAAUAAAUUAUAA